AUGGCUAAUCUUCCUCCUUCCCUCUCCUCCAAAUCCGCCGCUGCUUUCACCGGAGCUUCUUCCUCCAACGAUCAGAACUUGUCGGCGGCGGAACAGUUGGUUCAGGAUCUCAUCAAACCCGAACUCAGAGAAAAUGCUCUUCUCGUGUUGUCUAAGAAGAGAGAGAUCUUUAAUGAUUUGGCUCCGCUUUUAUGGCAUUCUGCUUGUACCAUUCCUGUUCUUCUACAGGAGGUUAUCGCAGUUUACCCUGCCUUGUCUCCUCCAACUUUGACUGCUGCUCAAUCGAAUAGGGUUUGCAAUGCGCUUGCGCUUCUUCAGUGUGUUGCUUCUCAUGCUGAAACCAGAGCGUUGUUCCUUAAAGCUCAGAUACCAUUGUACCUCUAUGCUUUCUUGAAUACAUCAAGCAACUCAAGACCCUUUGAGUACCUGCGGCUGACCAGCUUGGGGGUUAUUGGUGCACUUGUCAAGGUUGAUGAUACAGAAGUGAUCAGAUUCCUUCUUCAAACGGAAAUUGUCCCAUUGUGCCUCAGAACAAUGGAAAAUGGCACCGAGUUAUCAAAGACUGUUGCUACGUUCAUUGUUCAGAAAGUUUUGCUGGACGACAUUGGGCUUGAGUACAUGUGCACCACAGCAGAGAGAUUCUUUGCUCUGGGUCGGGUUUUGGGAAAUAUGGUUGCUUCACUUGCAGAAACACCUUCUCCUACUGCUAGGCUGCUAAAGCACAUCAUACGCUGUUAUCUCCGCUUGACAGAUAACCCCAGGGCUUGCGAUGCACUCGGAAGCUGCCUCCCAGAUCUUCUGCGGGAUCCCAACUUCAGCAGUUGUCUCUAUGAUGAUCAAGCUGCAAAGAAUUGGCUGCAGCAACUGAUCCGCAACGUUAGUCUUGGCAGUAGGCUACCUCCUCGAGGAGGUCUUGAUCAUAUGGCUAUGCAUUAA